GUUUCUCCACCGUGCGCCCACACCCAACCUGCACUGUCUGCCGUGUAGAGAGGCAGCGCAGCCCUGCAGUGUAUGCAGGACAUUGUCUUCACAGUGCGGCUGUUUUUCAGAAGAGCUCUGCGGCCUGAGCAGCCAGAGACAGCCGGGCUCUCUGCAACGCUCCCGUGUUAACGCUCCAUUCAUUCUGCUGGCUGGCACCGAGGCUCCUGCGCUCUGCGGCUGCUGGCAUCAUCCAUGUACUGUCAAUGUGGAUAGUGGCUUAUUUACUGUGCAUCAUCUGACUGGAGAAGACAUCUGACUGGCACAAUGAGCAGCACUGUGUUUCAGCAGCAGGCUGUCCACAGCCCUCUGGAGCAGCAGAGGCAGAAGCAGAAGCAGGGUGGAGGGGGACCCAUCGCCUGUCAGAACUGUGGGAAGCCCUGCAAAGGGGAGGCGCUCAGAGUUCAGAACAAACACUUCCACAUCAAGUGCUUUGUCUGUAAAGUGUGUGGCUGUGAACUGGCCCAGGGAGGCUUCUUCGUGCGGCAGGGUGAAUACAUCUGUACUCUGGACUACCAACGACUCUAUGGGACUCGCUGCUUCAGCUGCCAGGACUUCAUUGAGGGGGAGGUGGUGUCCGCCCUGGGCAAGACCUACCACCCCCGCUGCUUCGUCUGCGCUUCCUGCAAACAGCCAUUCCCAGCCGGCGACCGAGUGACAUUUAACGGGAAGGAGUGUAUCUGCCAAAAGUGUACCCAGCCUCUCCCUGCCAACAGCCCUGCACCUAUACAAGCUGUCCACAAUUGCUGUGGCUGUGGGAAAGAGUUUAAGAAUGAACAGUCUCUUGUAGCCCUGGACAAGCACUGGCACCUGGGCUGCUUCAAGUGCAAAGUCUGCAACAAGGUGCUCAAUGCCGAGUACAUCAGCAAGGAUGGGAUCCCCUACUGUGAGAUGGACUACCACGCCAUGUUCGGCAUCCAGUGCGAGAGCUGCAAGAAGUACAUCACUGGAAAAGUCCUGGAGGCUGGAGAGAAGCAUUACCACCCCACAUGUGCCCGCUGUGCCCGCUGCGAGCAGAUGUUUGCAGAGGGAGAAGAAAUGUACCUGCAAGGAUCUUCUAUCUGGCAUCCACCAUGCAGACAAGCAGCAAAGCAGGAGGAGAAGAGUAAGAAGCAGGUCCGGAUACAGCUCAAUGACGUCCCUGAGCAACAGGUGACCCGGACUUCAUCUGAGAGCAUCACCUCAGUCCCAGCAUCCAGCGCCUCAGGCUCUCCCAGCAGAGUCAUCUAUGCCAAACUAGGAGAGGAGAUGUUGGACUACAAGGAUCUGGCUGCUCUUCCAAAGACCAAGGCCAUCUAUAACAUAGACAGACCUGACAUGCUGUCCUACUCUCCAUAUGUCAGCUACCCAUCUGAGGAGAGGCACUAUGGAGAGUCCCCCCAGCUGCUUUCUCCUACUCCUACUGAGGGCGAUGGGGAGAAGUCACCCCGUCAGAGGAGGCCCUCCAGCCCCAGCUCCAACAGCUCCCUGGGGGGCUACGGACGUUACACCCCAUCCCGUUCCCCCCAGAAUUACAGCCGACCAGGGCCAGAGUUAUACCUUGGCGGUAGAUACAGCAGCCAGGCCCGUGACUCCAGUUCUCUUCCUUUGCCCCCAAACCUCAUGGGUGGCAUUAAGUACCCUUCCACCUGGGCCAGGGACUCAUCCUCCCUCCCUGUGUACAACUCUGGUGGGGCUGAAGGGAGUGGAGGUGGUGGUGGUGACAAGUACUCACCCACACCAGGAGGUGGCAGUGCAGGCUUGUCUUUACACCUAAACCCCACUACCCUAGCCAUGCUGCAGCAGCACAACUACAUCCCUUACUUCAGAGGGUUCAAACAGGACCCCCUACCUGACCCUAAACCUAGGACAUCCCUGCAUCUCAGUUUACCUCCUCCUAACGGUAGUGAAAGUGGUCGGAGUACACCCAGCUUAUCCACCUAUUCUGAUGGCAAAUCCCCCUCAUCUACUUCUACAUACGUGGCUGCUCCCCGGCAUUUCCACAUACCAGAGACUAUGGUCAAAGAUAAUAUCUAUAGAAAACCCCCCAUCUACAAACAGCAUGCUUCUAGAACAUCCUGGCAGGAUGGUGAGGAUAGCAAGAGGACUAGUUGGAUGAUCUUGAAGAGUGAGAUUGAUGGGCAGAUGGGUCCAGAAGACCUAGAUCCACGCAAGUCCACAUGCAGUCUGCCAACUGACACCUCCCACCCAAAUUUCCCCUACAGCAAGUCUGCAUCUUUACCUGGAUAUGGAAGGAAUGGUAUCUACAAGGCUGCUGAGAUGGUGGAAGAUGAAGUGGACCCAGACUCCCAGAGCUGGGGAGGCAUGAGAGAGUACAAGGUAAGAGUUUGUUAAUACUUUACAAACAUACUUCAAUAUUCUUGGCAGUUUGGUUAGGACAUUGGAUUAUAAUUGUAUUCCCCAAUAAAUCUCCCACAAUGCUUACUUUGUGUGUGCCAGGUCUACCCUUACGAAAUGCUUGCAGUGACGCAUAGAGUGAAAGUGAAGCUUCCCAGAGACGUAGAUCGCACCAGACUGGAGAGACACUUAUCUCCCGAGGACUUCCACCAGGUUUUCGGCAUGACCCUGGAACAGUUCGACCGCCUUGCCCUCUGGAAGAGGAAUGACCUUAAGAAGAAGGCACGCCUUUUUUAGACAGACAGACGGACAAAAAAAAAAAAAAAAAAAAAAAAAGCGCCUCGCAACAUCUCAACAACCAACCGUCCUGUCUGGAAGGAAGCAGAAAAAAACCCAACCCAUUUGAAAUAUCUAUAUAUGCACCGCCAUGAUACCCCCUACUUUCCACCUGUAAAACGCCAUGCCAUCUGCCUGCGAUGCCGCGGAGAGGCGCUCCGUGCAGGAACAUUCUCACAUUGAGGCAGCAUCUAUAGCUUUUUGUAUGCGAUGUGGUCCGAAUGUUUGACUGACAACCUUACAGAAGAGGACGAGGAGCUGCGUUUGCAUGGCCUGUGUUGAUGCUCCUCGCCUCCCAUGUGGUUUCUGCAUCCGCCUCCCCACCUCUCCCCAACCCAUCCCGACGCUUUCAUACACCCUGGCAAAAAUAACAGCUUUUUCUAAUUCUCGUGCAGGCCUUCCUCCAGGUUUCUGUGGUUCUGACUGUUUUAUGUGCGCCUUCUUCUACCCUGUCAAUCUUGACAUAUCUCCCUGUUUUUAUCGCAAGUUUUCAUCCGCAGCGAGUUUGUUUUCACCUCGCGAGGGUUUAUCAUCUUGUCUGUGUGUGUGUGUGUGUGUGUGUACACAUCAUCUGUUUGCUGCUCUGCCUUUUCUCUCUCACUGUCUCUCCAUCAUUUUCAGUUGUUCUUCCUGCUCCGACUGACAUUGUCGAGCCAGGUCAUUUUUACACCCCUGCCAUUACUUCAGGACAGUGAAGAGACUGCAGACUGGUACACGCUCACUGUUCAAGCAUGUCAAGGCCAAAGACAGGGAUAAGAAACGACUUCAGCUUCUCUGAUCUGUUACUUCAAAAACUGUCAAAAAGCACCUUAUCAUACGCUUUAGUUUGAUUUCCUUUCAUGUUCUUUUCAGUCGGAGAAGUUGGGAAAGGCUGGCCGGGUAGUUUUGAUAUGUGUGCCCUGAUACGUUUGAAUGCGGUCCCAUAUCUUACACAAGCCUCUCGUAAAUCAGCGCAGAUAGGGAGAGCCCGGGCUGGAUAGGGGCCACAACAUGGCAGUAAAUCACAGCUUUGGGGGGGGGGGGGGGGGUUAAAAGGAGGAGAAGACUUACAGUACAGAGAGUUUCAGGGUAUACAUUGGUGUCAAACAUGCAGCAUUGCCAGAGUGACAUGCACUCACAUUUAAAAAAAAAAACAAAAACAAAUGAAAUUAUUUUUAUAAGCUAUUUUUGACUUCUGGAAAGGAUCAUUACACCAAUCAUGAGACAUCGCUGAGAGAAAUCAUGAUUUUGUUACAAGAACAAAAAGGCCAUGCUGACUUUGUUAAGCUUCACAGACCUGCAGCAGCAUUUAAGCAUAACAAGUGAGGUCUUUGCUUGGAUUUAAAACUCAAUACUAUAACUGUGUUAUAUCUUCUCAGAUAGAGAUCUAACUCUUUCUAUGUUUGUUGUUUGAAAGCAUUGUUGCGUGCAGUAAAAGCUACACAUUUAAGCUGAAGUCUGUCAGCUUUGCUUGAGUUUCUGGUCCGUAAAUUGAUCAACUCGCCAACUAACAUACUGUAAAAUGUAUGUGAACAUAUACUGGACAUAUACCAGAUAUAUUUGUCUGUAUACAAUCCAUGGUGUAUAACUCUUCAGGCAUGCAUGAUGAUGGGAAAAUGGGGUUUAUCCACUGACCUCAGAUUAGAAAUGUAUGAAAACAUUAUCGUCAAUGUGGUUUGAGUGAUUGAUUAUUUUCUGGUUGAACUAUGUCAAAUGAAAUGCCUGGGUCAGUUGCUUACAUUAGCUUGUGUUAUAGGUAUUUAUUUAAUUGCAAUAUUAAGGAAGGGAUUUUAUUUUGAAAUCUUAAGGGUGUAGUGUCAAAUGCAUAGCAUCACUGAGAAGAAAGCUUUUGAAGAGAAACAUAUCAAAUUUUAAGUUUAAUCUGAGUGUCAAAUCAAUUAUUUUUUUUUUUUUUUUUUUUUUUUUGCUCCUGUAAGUAACACACUAACUGUUGUCAUAAAGCGUCAUGUCCUCUUUCUAAUAUUCAUCUGCUAUUAAAGUGCUUUAUCCAAAAUUUAGUCAGUAUGGACUGGAGUGCUUGCCUUUGUUAAAUGAGUGUCAAACAUUUUUUGGAAUGACACCUUCAAGUAAAGUGUGUAAUAUAUAUUUUUAGAGUUUUUCAGGGGAAAAAAAAAAUACUUCAUCUUGGUCAAAUUGUUAUAGAAACAUUAAGCUACAUCGAGUAUAAGCUAGUGGGCAUAAAUGAACAAAGUCAGUUCAUUAACCAGCCCUGUCUCCUAAAAUUUAACUCUCAUAUUUAAACAACAGUUACAUUUUGAAAACAAAUGCUGUCCAGAUUAAAUUUUUGAUUUUAGUAACAUCAUAAAGAACAUAUUUAGUCAGUGUAUCCGCAGUUGCAACAUGUUCAUACUUGAUGUAUCUGCGCGUCAGUAACAGUGUGUUUCAUUUGUUUUUCAUAUAACAGUUAAGGAAAGAUCAUUGUCUUGCUUAAUUAUUAUUAAUUAAUUAUUAAGUCAACAGUGGUACAGAACGUCUUUACUUUUCCAAUAUUUAAAGUAACAUAAUGUAACUUUGCUGAGCAACAGCGCCCUCUGCAGCCACAAGUGGUAAAUCAUUUUGUUGGGUUCUGACUCUUUAGCAGUUUUCAUGACCAGAAAACAAAGCCUGUCAAUCUCUUAACUAGUGAUCUGACUACAUAGUCCCGCUCACUGAACUGAAACACGGUCGACCCUGUAUCACCUUCGUGAUUCUCAGUUUCCAAAGACAGGAGUAAAAUCCUGCAUUUCACACAUUCUCUGUCGACCCAGACAACCAGUGGUGGAAGAUGUACUCAGAUCUUAUGAAAUGGCUCAGACAGCAGUGUAAAUAUUCUCCACCACAAGUACAAGUCUUGCAUUCAAAACACUAUAAUACUAAUGUUAUUGUUUUGGAGUAUAUAAAGGUCAUUUUUAUGAUUAAUGAAAGUAUCUUAGGCCAUGUUCACACUGCAGCUGAACCUGUCCAAACAUUUCUUUGUGUGUUUGCAUGCAUCAGAUUUUUUUUCUGUUCAGCUGUGUGGAAAGAAAAAAAAACAAACAGUGUAUUUGUAAUUUCACCUAAGAAUCUUAUACCGAUUAUCUGGAAAAAAAUGUUCCUGAUUUUUGCAGUUUCGCUUCAGCAGUCUGAGGAGAAGUGAAAUUCCGUCUUCUCAGAGGACAUUUAACAAGGUGCCUCUGUCCUGAUUUACCCACUCUGGUCUGUAUUUCUGCAGAACUGGAUGAUCACAUGAUCAUGUGUUAAGUAACUUCCCAGCAGGAAUACCCAGUCAGAUGCAUGUAUUCAUCUUACAUCUGCCUCAUUGUCCACUCUCUCGAUUCAUUACUGAUUUCCUCAGUGAUAUGUUGCAAAAAUAUAUAUGAUUUUGUAUUAUCAGGUUAAUUUUAACAUUCAUUUUCAGUAGAAAGUCACUUAAUUAUGCUUGAUCAUGACCAAUGAUAUCUCGCAUAGUCACAUGUCUCAAAAGGAGUGUGCUCACGUCUGUUUCUGGCCUCAGAUCUGCUGUUAUGAGACCUCCUGUUCUCUCUUCAAUUUCAAAGCAGUUUGAGGUUGGAAGAAAGAGUUUUUCUUUUUUUUUAAUUUGUGAGUAAAAGUGAUGGACUUCAACUCACUCAUGUCCACAUUUCAUCUUUUAGCUGUUUGAUAAAUACAGGCUGUGACACAUAAUCUGAAGCCAGUAGUUUCCAACCUGUUUAAAUCUGCCAGCUAAUACAUACAUGUGAAGACUUGUUUUGGAAAUACCGAGUCAAUAAAUGGGGAAACCCAGCAAAGCAUUGUUAUGAUUCUCCCACUAGCUUCAGCAAAUAAACACAUUGAGCAUGCUUCUAUCUUCCAUACUGGGUCUAUCCUCAGGCUCAGGCUCCACUGCUGUGUAUCAGAGUAUCAGCAAAGAUGUCAUCCAAAAAAAAAAAAAACUGAUAUGAGUGGUGAUUUCAAACCUAUUGUGAGGUCUGCAGUGUGAAUGUAGGCAAAUGAUGCUACAGUGCUGGAUUACACAAGCAGGGAGACCUUUUAUCUCUUUAGGCAAACAGACCUCUGACCCAGAGAAAACAACACUGAAAGCUUCACACGUUAGUCAGAGCCUGUGGUGUCAGAUUCAGAUUGAGAAACAGUAUUUAUGCCCAUCUUUGGUCUUUUGUUUUAUCCCUGGCUGCCACAGAGAGAACAGAGAAAACGUUUUCAUUCUGAAUACAGGCCUUCGUCAAAAACAGAGAGCAUGCUGCAAUAAAAAUCAAUGUCCCAUGUCACAUAUUUCUUUGGAUUUAUGAUUUAUUUGGAUGAAUAAUUAAGAAGAAAUCACAGUGCGUGUGAUGGUGAAACCAGACGUCUGAUGGAUGGUUGUUUGUUUGUAUCGGCUGAAUUUCUUUGUCUGACUUGUUUCCUCGUUGGCUUUGUCGCAGAUCUGCAAAUAUCUGAUGUCCAUCUUGUAAUAAAUAUUAAAUUCAA